ACUGCUGCUUUAUUUAUUCUCCCAUUGUACUCACGCUCAUUCUCUCGGAACACACACACCUGUCACCCCUCUCAUCUCCCAUCCCUUCCUCAGUAAGCAUCUCAAGCUUUUUCACAAACACCUUGCCUGCCUCGUCUAUCAGUUUACACACUUUAAAGAUUUUGAGUAAAGAUGGUGUUCAAGGUUGCCCGUGUCGAGACUACUCCGUUUGAUGGACAGAAACCGGGGACUUCUGGUCUUAGGAAAAAGGUUAAGGUAUUCAUGCAACCCCAUUACUUGCAAAAUUUUGUCCAAUCCACAUUUAAUGCCCUUGGAGCUGAUAAAGUCAGAGGUGCUACUCUUGUUGUCUCUGGUGAUGGCCGUUACUAUUCAAAGGAUGCUAUCCAGAUUAUUAUUAAAAUGGCUGCUGCAAAUGGAGUAAGGCGCAUCUGGGUUGGUCAGAAUGGAUUGCUGUCUACUCCUGCUGUAUCUGCUGUUAUACGUGAAAGAGUAGGCCCUGAUGGAUCCAAGGCAAACGGGGCAUUUAUUCUUACUGCUAGCCACAACCCAGGGGGGCCUCAUGAGGAUUUUGGAAUCAAAUACAACAUGGAAAAUGGUGGACCUGCUCCAGAAGGAAUCACUGAUAAGAUCUAUUCAAACACUACCACAAUUAAGGAAUACUUGAUUGCGGAAGGCCUGCCAGAUGUGGAUAUCUCUAUUAUAGGAGUAACUAGCUUUGCUGGUCCGGAGGGGCAAUUUGAUGUUGAUGUUUUUGACUCAGCAAGUGAUUACGUCAAACUGAUGAAGUCCAUUUUUGAUUUCCAAUCUAUCCAGAAGUUACUGACAUCUCCAAAAUUCACUUUCUGUUAUGACGCACUUCAUGGCGUUGCUGGAGCUUAUGCUAAACGUAUAUUUGUGGAAGAGCUAGGUGCAAAAGAAAGCUCUUUAUUGAAUUGCGUGCCCAAGGAAGAUUUUGGUGGAGGUCAUCCUGAUCCCAAUCUGACCUAUGCAAAAGAAUUAGUUGCUCGUAUGGGAUUGGGCAAGACAAACACUGAACAGGAACCACCAGAAUUUGGUGCCGCUGCUGACGGAGAUGCAGACCGCAAUAUGAUCCUUGGGAAAAGGUUCUUUGUCACUCCAUCUGAUUCUGUUGCCAUCAUAGCUGCCAAUGCUGUUCAAGCCAUACCUUACUUUUCUGGUGGUCUAAAAGGAGUUGCAAGGAGCAUGCCCACAUCAGCUGCCCUUGAUGUUGUAGCUAAAAACCUGAAUCUAAAAUUCUUUGAGGUGCCCACUGGAUGGAAAUUCUUUGGCAACCUGAUGGAUGCUGGAAUGUGUUCGGUUUGUGGUGAAGAAAGUUUUGGCACUGGAUCAGACCACAUUCGCGAGAAAGAUGGAAUAUGGGCAGUUUUGGCUUGGCUAUCUAUUCUUGCCUAUAAGAACAAAGACAAUCUGGGAGGAGGGAAACUUGUCAGUGUUGAAGACAUUGUUCGCCAGCAUUGGUCUACAUACGGGCGCCACUAUUACACUCGAUAUGAUUAUGAGAAUGUCGAUGCAGGUGGUGCAAAGGAACUGAUGGCCUAUUUGGUCAAGCUGCAAUCUUCUCUCACUGAAGUUAAUAACAUCAUUAAGGGAAUCCGCUCGGAUGUUUCGAAAGUUGUCCAUGCUGAUGAAUUUGAGUACAAAGAUCCUGUUGAUGGUUCCAUUUCAAAGCAUCAGGGAAUCAGAUACCUGUUUGAAGAUGGGUCCCGACUGGUAUUCCGACUUUCUGGAACCGGUUCAGAGGGUGCUACUAUCCGGCUGUACAUAGAACAGUAUGAGAAGGACUCGUCCAAGACUGGGAGAGAUUCUCAAGAUGCACUUGCUCCUCUGGUUGAUGUUGCUCUUAAGCUGUCUAAGAUGAAAGAGUUCACCGGCCGAUCUGUACCCACUGUUAUUACAUAGAUACUAAACAGAUAGUGCUGAGGAUCUCUUUCAUGUAUCUGGACAUCGAAUGUUCACAUAAUUUUGUUGAGAGAAAAAAAAAAUAAACAAUGCAAUAAGUUUAUCAGCUCUUCUGCAUUGUACAACAUCUGCAGAGACGCUAUAUUUUGGAGGUCUGUACUUGGUUGUUGCUUGUAUGAGGUUCAUAUGAUUAAGGAUAUGAUUUGACCCAGAAGGAUAAUUUAAUCUCUCCUCUUUAACGCUCCUACAA